AUGGCGUCGGUCUGCGUUAACGAUGCUUUGAGAGACGACGAGCUGAGAUGGGUGUUGUCGAGGCUAGACAGCGACAAGGACAAGGAAGUGUUCGGUCUUGUCUGCAAGAGGUGGCUACAUCUGCAGAGCACCGAGCGGAAGAAGCUGGCGGCGCGUGCUGGUCCACACAUGCUCGGCCGUCUCGCCUCCAGGUUCACUCAGAUCGUCGAAUUGGACUUGUGUCAGUCAGUCUCCAGGUCCUUUUAUCCAGGUGUCACUGAUUCCGACCUCGCUGUCAUCGCCGACGGAUUCAAGUGCCUCAGACUUCUCAAUCUCCACAACUGUAAAGGUAUUACAGAUACUGGAUUGGCCUCAAUUGGAAGGUGUCUUUCUCUACUUCAGUGUCUGGAUGUAUCAUACUGCAGAAAGCUCUCAGAUAAAGGACUAUCAGCGGUUGCACAAGGCUGCCAUGACCUAAGGGCAUUGCAUCUAGCCGGUUGUCGUUUCAUCACCGACGAAUCCCUGAAAUCACUCGCUGAGAGAUGCCGUGAGCUCGAAACUCUAGGGCUUCAAGGCUGCACCAACAUAACUGAUUCAGGGUUAGCUGAUCUCGUGAAGGGAUGCAGAAAGAUCAAGACUUUGGAUAUCAACAAGUGCAGCAACGUAGGAGACGCUGGAGUCUCCAGCGUGGCGAGAGCUUGUGGAUCUUCGCUCAAGACGAUCAAGUUGCUGGACUGUUACAAAGUUGGGAACGAGUCUGUUUCGUCCCUGGCUGAGUUUUGCAAGAACUUGGAGACUCUGAUCAUCGGUGGAUGCAGAGACAUUUCUGACGAAGCUAUUGUAUUGCUGGCGGAUUCUUGUAAGGACAGUCUCAAGAACCUGAGGAUGGAUUGGUGCUUGAAUGUAUCUGACUCUUCCCUUAGCUGCGUUUUGAAGCAGUGCAAGAACUUGGAGGCUCUUGAUAUCGGUUGCUGCGAAGAGGUCACUGAUAAUGCUUUUGGGGAUCUGGGGAGCGAAGACAGUGUUUUGGCUCUGAAGGUUUUGAAGGUGAGCAACUGCCCGAAGAUCACAGUGAUAGGGAUAGGCAAGCUUUUGGAGAAGUGCAGUUCCUUGGAGUAUCUAGAUGUAAGGUCUCUUCCACAUGUGACUGAAGAAAGAUGCAGUGAAGCUGGACUUGAGUUCCCUAAAUGGUGUAAAGUUAACUUUUCUGGAAGUUUAACCGAGCCAGAUGUUCUGCUUUGA